AAAAAAAUAACAUAACUUUCAACUUUCUUGCCAUGUGCUCUGUCCGCCAUAUGAACGUGAAUGUUUUUAGUUCUACAAUAUGGAUGUGUAACGUGUUAAACAUUCACACAAUGUCAGUGAGCUCGCGAAUACGAACAUUAUAGAUAAAAAGUUUCCUAACCUUAGUUCUACGUUUACUUUACGAUUAUGGCAUCUAGACGGACCCGAAUUAAAGGGAUAGCAAAUAUUCCGCAGCGAAAAAAAGUGACAGAUGGCGAAACAAAUGAUUCUUCAGCGAAGAAUGAUGUAAAAAAGCAGAUAGAUGAGAAAUUACUUUCUCCAGAGAAAGUCCCCGAUGUCAAUGGGGACAGCUCUAUCAGCAAAAUAGAGGAUAAUAUCAACAAAAAAACGUCAGAUUCCAAUUUGAACGAAGUAAAUCUGAGUAAAAACGAAGAAAAUAAGAGCAUAUGUGAGCCUCCCAAGCAGCCAGCUAUUUUAAGAAGAAAAUUUAUUAAACCAACAGUUAAUGUUAUAAAUAGAAAAGCUAAACAUAUCGAAGGAAAAGAGGAGAAACUGGAAGAAACUGUAAAAUAUAAUGCAACAGAAAAAAUUGUUGUUUUAAAUGAACAAAUCAUCAAACCUGCUCACACAAUUAUAACAAGAGCACCUUCCCCACAAAAACCACAUGUAUUUAAUGUGCAAGAUAUAGUUUCAAAUGAAACUCAUUUCACACCAAAUGGAUUUCACAAUAAACCCGAUAUUAUACCAUUAGAUAAAGUUAUAAGAAAAUUGCCGCCACCUUUUCAAAAUCCGCACCAUUCUGACAGCGACUACCCUCCUCCGCCCCCAAGCCCUAGUAAAAUUAACCGAUCGAGGAUAAAAGCCAUCCCCCGGUUAAAUAACAGACGUACCAGUUUCAGUGCCAGCGAAUCUGAAGACGAGUCUCGUAGACAGUACAACCGCAUCAGAAAUGAUUCGGUUUGUUCUGUGGCAUCAGCUACAGAUAUUUCAAACAUGUCGGAGUGUAUGUCCCCCCAGAGGCAGGGGAAGGAGUUUAACUCAGUUAUCAGGGAAAAAUGUAAGAAAAAAGUUCAUUCGCGUAAAUUGGCGGAAGCCAGGCGUCAAUUCAAUUUAAAAUACUUUGGUUCCACCCCUGAUAGACAAAAAUUAACAAUGAUAGACCUGAUUUUCUACAACCCCACAACAAACCCAAUGAAAAAUGAAGUCAAAGAGAAAGAAAACGACGGAGAAGUAAUAGAAGAAAUCGUCGACGACCCAGAAAGCGUGGAACCUAAAAAAAUUGACGAAGAAGACGAGAACAAAAGCGACGAAGAGAACGAAAUGCCGGUCCCGCAGUUAAAAGUGGGACCGCAGGGCGAGAUAAUCCUCGACGAGAAAAGCUUGGUGGUGGAGAACAAGGGCACGAAACGGAACCGCGAGGAACUCCAAAAGUCCAAGGUGAUCGACGGGGAUUUCGACACCGGCUACGGGGUUUACAAGCGCGCGAAACGGUCCAAGGAUUGGUCCCAGAACGAGACCCUGAGGUUUUACAAAGCGUUAAAUACGAUUGGGACGGAUUUCACGCUGAUGUGCGAUUUGUUCCCGAAGAGGAACAGACGGGAGUUAAAGUUAAAGUUCAAGAAGGAGGAGAAAGUCAAUAAGGCGUUGAUCGACAAAGCGAUGAUGAAUCCGUGCGAGUUUGAUUAUAGGGAGUUGAAGGAUGAGGUUGAUAUGGAGGAAAAGGAGUUGCAGAUGUUGGAGGAGGAAAAGGUUAAAGAGUUAAAGGCUAAAAAGGAGAAGUGUAGCACUGUAACGAAAAAAAUUAGAGUGCCCAAAGUGGCGGAUGUGGUUAAACCCAAAAAAGUCAAAGAACCGAAACCGAAGAAACUUAAAACGAAAAAAUCCCUGGAUAUUUCGUCGGUUUUAGACGAAAGCGAUGCUGAUGAAUCGAAUGUGGAAUCCGAUUCGGAUGCGGAUUUCGAGGUAAUAAAUCCCCCGAAAAGAACGCGUUAUGGCCGGAUACCAAAAUCGCAAAAAGAGCAAGAAUUCGAUACGGAACUCGAAGUAUUCCGCAACAACAUUAAAAAACCGAUAAUACCAGACACAAAUCCGGAACCUGGCUCUUUAAUGUUUGUUCCUGUGAGUACCAACAAGUUCGAGAUUUUCAUGGUGACCCCCAACGGAGGGAAAACGCCACUCAACAUAGAAAAGAACAAUAGUAGUGAGCAGGAAGUCGAGAAUAUAAUGACGAUAACCGCCGAAAGGCGAACAAGUGUACCAGCCUUAGAAUACAAUGUUACCAUACCGGCGGAAGAUAAUACCCUGAAAGAGUCCGAAGAAAGAACUAUACUUGAAUUGUAGAUCUCUGUAAAUAUUGUUAUUUAUUUAGUUAUACAAGUUUUAUACUAAUAAUUAUUUGGUAAAGUUUAUUAUAAAUAAAUUCAAGCCUGUUAUGAAUGAAAA